AUGAAAUUUGCAGAGCAUCUUCGCGAGUCCGCGGUUCCAGAAUGGAUCGACAAGUACAUCGACUACAAGAAAGGCAAGAAGAAGAUCAAGGCGUGCAGAAACACGAUCGCUGCCAGCGAGGUGCUGGUCAACAAUGUUUCGACCACAAACAGUGUAGCAAUGUACCGGGACUCCUCCUCCAGCUCGCGGUACAACUCUCAGAACGUCUACUCACCCGUGCAGCGCCGGUUCGUGCAGGAGUUCAUCGACAAGUGGGUUAUAGACCAGGAGCUUGAGAAGUGCAAUGACUUCUACCUUUGGGAGUUCAAGCGUUGCAGCAGGCGCUUCGCGAUUUUGCGUGAGCAGAUCGAAAGGUUCGAAGCCCACCGGACACAACUCACGGUCACUGAAUCCGACCCAAAAUAUUACGGCGCAGUGGACCGCGAUGAGCGCGUGGUCCCCGCUAAAAGCCGUAAGAGAUCAUCAUGGGCUACCCGGACAUUCAGGACCCUGCAAGAUUUGGAGCUGAUCCCAUCAUUACCUUCAUUGAAACCCUUCAAGCAGCUCUUUCUCAAUGAGCCAGACACCAAUAGUCUUUCUGUCGGUUACGGCGAUACGUUUGCUCCCUCUUCCCUAACGACAAACCAAAUUCAGCACCGUCUUUCUGAUGCCUUGAUCGAGUUCUACCUGCUUGUGCAGCUCAUCAAAAACUACAGGGACAUUAACGUCACGGGCUUUCGGAAGAUUGUUAAAAAGUUCGAUAAAUCCUGUGGCACUCGUGAGCUGUUUUCUUUCAUAGAGUAUGCCAAAUCUUCUUAUCCGCUAUUCCAGCACGCAGAAGCUAAUGCUAGAAUGGUCGCGCAGCAAAUCCACGACUCUGUUGCAACAAGGACUUCCGCUGCUUCUUCGAACGACCCUAAUUUUGAAGACCCUUUAGUGGUAUGGGAGCACGAGGUGACGACAUGGUAUACCGACGUUUUGUCCAGCUCCGCCAAGGACCGCAAACGGAAGAUCGAAAGAAUCAAGAACUUAUCGCUGGAGUAUUCCUUAAAUGAGCAGAAAGUCCAUCGUUUCAACAAGUCCAUACUUCAGGUUUUUGUGGGCGGUGUCCUCAUGGGUGGUUCUUUAACUUUGGUUGCGUAUACCUUAUGGGUUGGAUUCAAAGCACCAAGCUCUUCUAAAAUACACCACAUUUUGUUGCCAUUGUGGGGUGGCUGGUACAUGGUUUUUUUGAUCACCUUCCUCUUUUUACUGAACUGCUUUAUAUGGCACAGAAGCAAUGUCAAUUACAGAUUUAUUAUGUUCGGAGAAAUGCAUUCGCGACGGGGUGCCGUGCUUUUCAACAAUGACUUUUCAACAACCCAAAUCCCAAUUCUGUUCUACUUCGCUAGUGUUUUGGCUUUUCCUAUGACGUUACUCGGCGCGCUCAGUUUUUAUGAAAAUGCGUUAGACCCUUUUGCUAUCAUUUGGAUAGUGCUAGUGUCAGUUCUCUUUUUCUUACCUUUGUUUGGUAAAACUCCGUACCUGAACCUUCCUUACUGGAAUAAACUCACCAAGUCAGUUCGCUGGAUCCUUGUUUCCUUUGUGAGGCUAAUAUUUUCGGGAUUUUAUCCGGUUCAGUUUGGUGACUUCUUCUUGGGCGAUAUUUUCUGUUCGCUCACAUAUUCACUGGCUGACAUUGCUAUGUUUUUCUGCAUAUACUCUCCAACACCGAAUGGAAUGUGCGGCUCUUCGCACUCCAAGGCAAUGGGCGCUAUGACUUGCUUGCCAAACUUUUGGAGAUUUAUGCAGUGUCUUAGAAGAUUCUCGGAUUCAGGUGAUUGGUUUCCACAUCUUGUGAAUGGUGUUAAAUAUAGCAUGAGCGUUCUCUAUUACGCGUCCCUUUGUGCAUACCGCAUAGGCCAUACUCGCAAUAGAAGAAACGUCUUCAUAAUCUUCGCUACAUUGAAUGCCACAUGUACUGCGAUAUGGGAUAUUAUUAUGGAUUGGUCGCUUUUACAACCUGGCUCGAAGAACUGGCUUUUGAGAGAUGACUUAUACCUUGCAGGAAGAAAAAACUGGAAAACAGGAGCCUACUCAAGAAAACGCAAAUCAGUAUAUUAUUUGGCCAUGGUAUGGGACGUGUCCAUGAGAUUUCAGUGGAUUGUUUACGCGAUAGCACCCGACACAAUUCAACAAAGUGCAAUCACUUCUUUGGUUCUAGCAGUAUUAGAAGUGGGAAGACGUUUUGUUUGGAUCAUAUUUCGUGUUGAGAAUGAACAUGUCGCAAAUGUGCACUUAUUCAAAGUCUCAGGCGAAGCCACUCUUCCUUUCCCUAGCACCGUUGAAGGAGAUGUUGAAACAGAGGGAUCAAUCGCAAGCAACCAUUAUGCAAUGUCAGAAGUCAGCUACCCUGCUAUGCCUUCCCCUACUCCAAUGUACAGAGGUGAAUCUCUCCAGAAAUCUACUGGUUCCAACGGUCUAUUGAGAACUCUCAGCAGCUCUAUACCAUGGGCACAUGCUCAAGAUUUCCAGAGGCCAAGGGGGUUUUCUAUCGUAGAUCAUAGCCACGAAAGCGACGCAAGCGAAAGUGAAGCUGAAAGCAUGUUAUAA